AUGCAUCUCCUCGAUUUUCCGUUGGAGGUGUUCCAAAACGUCAUUCACGAGCUCGUGCUUGACGUUGGGAUCGCGGAGGCUUGGAGAGCAUAUCGUCCUGUCUGCAAGACAUUUGCUGCCGAGAUCUACCAUGAUACCUUUGCGCGCCAGCCCAUGACUAGCUUUGAAAACGUGGACGUCGAAGAUUUCAUCAAUGGUAGUGAGGACAAUCUGAGGCUGCUACUCCUCAACCGUGUGAACAACGCCCUCGAUGCGCACUGUUUCCUUCCUGAGAGGGUCCGGAAUACGGUGACCCUGCUUAUACAGAGUCAGGGAGAGGAAGAUGCUAACGGUUAUUUACGGGCUGUGUAUAUUGAGAAGUUGUGCGCGGCGUUAGCAUUCCGCUUCAAGCGCAGAGGGUGCUGGGGUAACAUAUGGCCUCACGGACCGGAUUUAACCUGGAUUCUUCGCAAUGGAAUGGACUACGAGAAGUGCGUAUCCACAGGCCAUCGGGGCGCGUUUCUCCUACAUCGGGCGUUAUUUGGACCUUUGAACGAUGUUUUGGGGGAGCGUAUCGAUGCUGCAGCAGCAACGAAUGACCCCGCUCUCUUCCGAACUUUUCUAUCGCAAUUGGCAAACUCUCGAGGAUGGAGAGACGAGUCUUUAUACGAGCAUCCGCUGCAGACAUCAGCUCGAUUCGGCUACCACAAGAUCAUUGAUGAGCUGGUCAACUUUGAGCGACUCUCACCAGCGCAAGCUCCAACAUGGUUCAUCACUUGGCAGUGGAUCGAUUCAGCUAUUUGCACGGCAAUUGAGUUCUCCCAACCAGAGGCGAUAACGAGUCUGUCAAAGUUCUAUGAGCUACCUGGUCGCACAGUUCGUUCCUUAUCUUAUAGCGCGUGGGUUCUCAAAGCAAUGAAACUCAAGAAUGAUUCCGCCUUGGAUUCAGUUCUUAGCAUCAACGUUGGCUCGCGACUGAGACUCACCAAGCAGGUCUUCGAUCAAAUCUGCAAGCGUGGAGAGACCGAGCUUAUCGACAGAGUUAUACGGAAAGGGAUUGUUAAAACUAACAGGCCAUACCCGCAAAAGGACACCGACCAUGGACGCCGAAUAUGUCCACUGGUUGUAGCCAUACAGUCUGGCAAUCCAAACAUGGUGUCUGCGGUCCUCGCCGAAGCCGAUGCGGAUGGAGCAUGUAAAGAUCUACCGCGCGCCAUUUCGCCUCUAAACUACGCCAUCAGCACAUACAACUUCGAUAUUGUCAAGAUGCUGCUUGAAAAGGGAGCAACUAUUUCCUGCAAAUGCGACUACGGCUUUUGUUCCCUACAGCUUGCUCUUGCCAUCGAAGACAAGACUAUUUACGAUAUCCUGCGGAAAGCUCUGGCCAAACAAGGCGAAGUCUUCCCCACUUACGCGAGCGCAAGAAAGAGCAAAGGAGGCUUUGUCUUGUGCUUCAGCCCUUGA